UUAUUGCCUUGCAAGAUUUCGGCAAGGCUGUGAUUAUUGGAUUAACACUCUAAAUGACGGAUAUUCAUAUGAGAAGAAUGAGGAUGCUAUAAAGCGUCUUCGUGGCAUAGCAUCGAUAAAUCAGAAAAACGUUUUAAGUGCCUUUAUGCAAUAUCAAAACAGUGCCAAAAUGCUUGUCGACGAGGUGCCGCACAGCUUCAUGAAGAAAAAUUACAAUUACAGUCAUUGCCCGUUAAAGAAGCGGCCGUUUUAUUACACAUCCGAGGAUGAAGAAGAAGUUCCCGAAGCAAUUAAAGAAGAAAUAAUAGAUGUAGGAGUAGAUGAUAUUCCUGAACCUGAGAAUCUCAGCACGAAGCCCGAGGAUCUCAGUAGAACGGCGGAUCGUCAUCAUAGUCCUCAUCAACAACAACAGCAGCAACAACAACAACAACAACAACAGCCACAACAACCAGAAUCACAAGAACGCGCAUCCAGCAGGAUGCCACCUCCUAUCUUUAAGACAUCUCCUCCACCUUUGACGAUAGAGCCAUCCUCGCCGACGACUCACCACGCGAUGCACUACGUCCAUCAGUUACAUCACUAUCACCAUCACUAUCCGACCAAGACUAUCACGCCCCCAGCGGGAAUUGCGCCGACCCAUCACCCAAUGGUGAAGAAAGGGCGAGUUGAAGUGAUCCAGCAUAAUGACAAUGCCACGACGACACCGACGGCGGGUGUGACGGCGACGUCAGCACCGUUGCAUUUUAUGGCGAGCAAAGCACCCUUGGAGCCGUUGAAUCUAAAUCCCCCGGUGGAGCCUCUGGCUCAUUAUCCUACGCCAGCCUGGACUCGCACGGGUCCACUGUAUCCGUCGCAUUAUUUGCCUUACGCUCCUCCUGCCUAUCAUCGCUAUCCUGGAGCGGAAUUGUAUUCGUCGUACCCGGUACCGGCUUAUCCGCACUCCUCUCCAGAACAUCAUUCGUCAGUUUCGCCACCGCCUCACGGCGCAUUGACUUGCUCGACGAUCCAACGGCCCAUCGCCAGGAGCUACCCUCACUGGAGUAGCCCGGAUCAUUGUGGUUUGUCGCCUACGAGUUCCGUGGGUUCCGGUUCUCUACGAUCUCCGCCUCCCGUGACGCCGGAAGAUCUCUCCUCGCCCAGCAGUGACAGCGGCCGGUCGUCCGCUGGCAGCACGUCUGCUGGAAGCACGAUCAUGAACACGAAAAUAGAGAAAGGCAGUCCGAGCACCAAUGCCAAUACUUCCUCGAAUUCGACGUCGUCCAGGUAUCCAUGCAAAAAUUGCACCAAAUCGUACUCGACAUUUUCCGGCUUGUCGAAGCACCAGCAGUUUCACUGCGCGGCUGCUCAAGGCCAGGCAAAGAAGUCCUUCUCGUGCAAAUUCUGCUCAAAGGUAUAUGUCAGUUUGGGCGCACUGAAAAUGCACAUUCGAACGCACACGCUGCCCUGCAAGUGCCAUACAUGUGGCAAGGCAUUCUCCAGGCCGUGGUUGCUUCAGGGUCACAUCCGGACGCAUACCGGCGAGAAGCCAUUUCGAUGUCAACACUGCAAUCGCGCAUUCGCCGAUAGGAGCAACCUCAGGGCUCACCUGCAGACCCAUAGCGACGUCAAAAAGUACUCCUGCGACAGGUGUAGCAAGACAGUCAGCAGGAUGUCGUUGCUUACGAAGCAUCAGGAUGGCGGCUGUCCCGGCGUGCCGGUGUCAGUCGGCUAUUCUUGCUAAAGUUUCGCGUUUCUGUGACACAAUGACAAAUGUCGCUCGUUUUUAUUUCGCGGUCUCAAAGUGCCUUAGAAUGCAGUACAAAUGUCGAGUAAGUGAAGUCCGGUAUCUUGGUGAUUCGCUCGCGAAGUAUCGAUUAAUCUUUUCGCCAUCAGACUGUAUCCU